GUUCAGCCCCGAUUCGGAUCAUAUCGGAAUAAGUUUAUACCGUCGGAAAGAGGUUUGAUUGCAACGGCGUUUUCGAUCUCGAAUCGGAAGUGCAGAUCACGAUGGUGGCGUCGUCGAGCUCAUGGUCGCAUGCCUUGGUUCAGAUCUCGCCUUACACUUACUCCGCCAUCGGAAUCGCCAUCUCGAUCGGCGUUUCCGUUCUCGGCGCCGCCUGGGGGAUAUACAUCACAGGAAGUAGUUUGAUCGGUGCUGCGAUUAAAGCUCCUCGCAUUACGUCAAAAAAUUUAAUCAGUGUGAUUUUCUGCGAGGCAGUCGCCAUUUACGGAGUCAUUGUAGCUAUUAUCCUUCAGACAAAGCUGGAGAGCGUUCCUUGGGCAAAAAUAUACGACCCCGAGUCCCUCAGAGCAGGCUACGCCAUUUUUGCAUCCGGAAUUAUCGUGGGCUUUGCAAACCUUGUCUGCGGACUAUGCGUUGGAAUCAUUGGAAGCAGCUGUGCCUUGUCUGAUGCACAAAACUCGUCUCUUUUUGUUAAGAUCCUCGUUAUAGAGAUCUUUGGCAGCGCCCUCGGACUGUUUGGUGUCAUUGUUGGCAUUAUUAUGUCGGCUCAAGCAACCUGGCCAAUGAAGGCGUGAUUUGGAUCCGGUUUGAAAUGUUUGCAAUGAUGCUUCUUGCAUCUUAAUUCUUUAUUGUAGCUCGUUUUUUUUGUAUCAUUUAUUUGUUGCUUUUGUGCAACAGGGAAGUAAAAUGGAAACUCAGAGAGAAAAGAUUAUCAGAGUCUCCAUUUGGUAAUUUGCUUAGAACUGAUAUUUUGGAUUCGAAAAUUUUGGUGUGAAGAUAUUUUGUACUCGUAUAGUUUAGAUGUUGAAAAUAAUAGUCUUUUAAUCUAAUUAAUUAAUUAAUUAUUUUUAUUUUUAUUUUUAUAUUUUAUGUAAGAGGCAAAGGAUAUGUUUCCUUUCAUAUAACAUCACUAUUUAAUA